CUUUAUCUUCCAGGCACUGUCACUCUCCUCUCUCUCUCUCUCUCUCUCUCUCACUCAGUCUCUUUACUCGUUACCUUCUCAGUUAGCUCUGUUUUCUGCUCAAGCACCAGCAUUCAUUCCUCCAUUUUCCCACUGACCCCCUGAUCACUCGCCACCGCCUCUCCUAGCGGCGGAAAUCCGCUAAAGAAAUGGAGCGAAAACAAGGGUUCUUCUCUGCUUUGAAAGGGGAAGUCAUCAGAGGACUUUCGCCGAGCAGGUCGCGUGCAAAGAGCCCCGCCAGGAGUGCGUCGCCAAUGUCGAGUCUCUUGCGUCGGAGGAAGGGCCACGGACAACGCGUCUCGCAGCCGGAGCCGCUUAUGAUCGCGAGAUCGGGGAGUUUACGCCCCCCAGAGGCUCUUUCGCCUUUGAUGGAAGGGCCGGAUCAAGACGGCGUUGGAGAUUCCAGCAGGGCGGAAGGUCGGUGGGGUCGCCAGUGGAUGAAAGGUCCACUCGCCAGAGCGCCGUCGGCAGCGUCGUCGUCGGUGGAUGGUUGCAAAAGGGCUGAUCUGAGAUUGCUUCUCGGCGUGUUGGGUGCUCCGUUGGCUCCCGUUCAUGUCAGCAGUUCUGAACCAUUGCCUCACCUAAGCAUAAAGGACACUCCAAUUCAUGCUUAUGACCAUGGCUACUAGUCUUUCUACAUUCUGAUGGCUUCAAUUGGUAGCUGGUUUUUGUUAGGAAACCUCCUCUGCACAGUACAUAUUGCAGCAGUACACGGCUGCCUCGGGAGGACAGAGGCUUCAAGGUUCAAUCCACAAUGCUUAUGCUAUGGGAAAAGUGAGGAUGAUUGCUUCAGAGUUUGAGACAGCCAACAAGGUGACCAAGAAUAGGGGCUCUUCUAAAACUGCUGAAUCUGGGGGCUUUGUCCUGUGGCAAAUGAAUCCCGACAUGUGGUAUGUGGAGCUAGCACUUGGUGGAAGUAAAGUUCAUGCCGGUUGCAAUGGGAAGCUUGUCUGGAGGCACACACCCUGGCUCGGUCCGCAUGCUGCAAAAGGUCCUGUUAGACCCUUGCGCCGUGCAUUACAGGGUCUCGACCCAAGAACAACAGCAAGCAUGUUCACUAAUGCGAGAUGCAUCGGAGAAAAGAAGAUCAACGAUGAUGACUGCUUCAUCCUCAAGAUAUGUGCUGAUCCUGCAACUCUCAAGGCUAGAAGUGAAGGACCGGCAGAGAUAAUUAGACAUGUUCUCUUUGGAUACUUCAGCCAGAAAACGGGCCUCCUUGUUCACCUGGAAGACUCCCACUUGACUCGAAUCCAGAACAAUGGCGGUGAUGCUGUCUACUGGGAGACCACAAUCAACUCCUUCCUCGACGAUUACAGACCAGUGGACGGAGUCAUGAUCGCUCAUUCGGGUCGUUCGGUUGUAACCCUCUUCAGGUUUGGAGAUACAGCAAUGAGUCACACCCGGACCCGAAUGGAAGAAGCUUGGGUAAUCGAGGAAGUAGCCUUCAACGUACCUGGACUGUCGAUGGACUGUUUUAUCCCUCCUGCUGAGUUGAGAUUUGCUUCCGUAAGUGAAACCUGCGAGCUUCCUCAUACUCAGAGGGUGGUAAAACCUGCCAUGGCUCCUGCAGGCUAUCAGACCAGAGUUGCUGCACUGGAGAGAGAUCAAGAAGGUGGUACUGAGAACAAUGUUCGGUGGACAAUGGAUGAUUAGGGAAGAAGGGAAAAGUUCUAGUAGUGGCUUAACAGAUUAGUAGGACGGCAAAGCAGAAGAAUGUAGGGGGCUUUAGCUGGUUUCUGGAAGUUUUGGUCGUUGGACCAAAAUGUCUCUUUUGAAUUUGUAGAUAAGAUUAGAGCCUAGAGUCAGUCAUCAAUCUUCAUACAUCAAAUGUCAAAAGUUCCAGGUCUGUAGGCCAAAUAGUCCAUUUGUGUAUCUUUGUUCCAUCUAGAGCUUGUGCAUUCAUCUCUUGAAGAAGAUGCUAACAAUAACAGAUCAAAGCUUUGAUUCCGAACUCAACAGGUAGCCAUUAGCCAAUAAGUUCUGCAUUCGUCAACAUGUUUUGCAGAAGUCGAACCAUGUUUCUGG